AUGUGCGCGUACGGCUGUCUUAACAGAACGGGGGUGGUAGUGAGUAAAUCCAAAGUCUCUGGCUGUCUGUGCCAGCGGGUGGUGUCUUUGGGGUUUGUUUGGAGUCCAUGGGGUGGCACCAAAUGCUCCUUUGAAGUGACUGAGGUGAUGGCAGACGGCCCCAUUUUCUCUGUGGGGGUCUGGAGACAGUGCCUCUACCACUACAACCAAGCCCUCGUGCGCCCCCAUCUACGCCUCUCCCUGUGGAGGAACCCAUGCAAUUGGGCCGAGCACGGCUUACACCAGAGAAGCGCCAACAACGACGCCGCCAGGCGGGUGAGUGUCUGCCCAAAAGGCCAUGCUCGCCAGUAG